AUGUCUCGCCAUCAUCCUGAUCUCGUCAUGUGCCGCAAGCAACCCGGCAUCUCAAUCGGCCGGCUGUGUGACAAAUGCGAUGGCAAAUGCCCUGUCUGCGAUUCCUACGUCCGACCUACGACUCUUGUGCGCAUCUGCGACGAGUGCUCUUUCGGAAAUUACCAGAAUAAAUGCAUCGUCUGCGGCGGCGAAGGUAUCAGCGACGCUUUCUACUGUUUCGAGUGUACGCGUCUCGAGAAGGAUCGCGACGGCUGUCCGAAGAUUAUAAAUCUGGGUAGUUCUCGGACGGAUCUGUUCUACCAGAAAAAAAAUUUUCGAAAUCAAUAG